AUGCGCCCGAAAGAGUUGGGGCAGGGCUCAGCCGGCGACUGGCCGGGACCCGGCGAUCCGGCAGCAGUCACCCCAGCUCCUCCGCCCGCAGCCAAUCCCGCUCCAGAGCCCUCCGCCGAGCUUGAACCCGCCCCUGUGCAGGUACCCGCGGCAGGACAGGCAGCAGGAUCCGGAUCCGCAACCGUCUCGGGACCCUCAGCGGGAGCUCGCCCGGCCUCUAGGGCUGGAUCGGAGGCAGGAGUCCAGCGCGCGUCCGCAUUCUCGGCAGUCCAGGGGAAUGCUCAGUCCGUGCCCGACAACUCGGACGCGCCGUGGACUCGCUUCAUAUUCCAAGGUCCAUUUGGCCCCCGGGCCGCUGGCUUGGGGACUGAAAAGGCAGCGGGCAUCUGGAAGACGCCGGCUGCCUACGUCGGCCGGCGGCCUGGGGUGUCGGACCCCGAGCGCGCCGCCUUUAUUCGGGAGCUGGAGGAAGCGCUGUGUCCUGACCUACACCCACCAGUCAAGAAGAUCACCCAAGAAGAUGUCAAAGUGAUGUUAAGUUUGCUAGAGGAGCUCCUCCCAUCUGUCUGGGAGAUCCCAGAACCAGGAACAUAUUCCCCAUGGAUGAGGGUCCCUCUGCAGAGAGAGCGGGACCUGAACACGGCAGCUCGCAUUGGCCAGUCCCUGGUGAAACAGAACAGUGUUCUGACGGAGGAGAACAGCAAGCUGGAAGCCAUGCUGGGCUCGGCCAGGGAGGAGAUUUUACAUCUCAGACACCAGGUGAGCCUGCGGGAUGACCUCCUUCAGCUUUACUCAGACUCUGAUGAUGAGGAGGAGGAGGACGAGGAGGAUGAAGAAGAGGAGGAGGAAGAAGAAGAGCAGGGGCAUGAUCAUCCCUGCGAAGCCUCAGAUCCGACUCCUCUGACAGAGUCACACGACUGCCCGCAGCUGGAGGCCCUGCAGGAGCGGCUGCGGCUGCUGGAGGAGGAGAAUGAGCAGCUGCGAGAGGAGGUCUCUCAACUUGAUGACCUUGAGGAGGAGGAACAGAUGUUCAUCCUGGAUUGUGUGGAGCAGUUUUCGGAGGCCAGCCAGCAGAUGGCCGAGCUGUCGGAGGUGCUGGCACUCAGGAUGGAGAGCUCUGAACGGCAGCAGAGGGAGGUUGCCCAGCUGCGGGCCCAGGUCAUGAAGCUGCCGCAGUGCGGCCAGUCGUACGGGGCCGAGGCUGAGAAGUUGCAGCAGCAUCUGGCUUCGGAGAAGGAAAUCCAGAUGCAGCUCCAGGAUGAGGAGGCGCUUCCUGAUUUCCAGGAGACCCUGACUAAGGAGCUCAGAACAUCUAUAAGGAGGAUUAUCUCAGACCCUGUGUUUUUUAUGGAAAGGAACUAUGAAGUGACUCCAGAGACCUCAGAUCUGGGAUAUGAGCUGCACUGCCGUGAAGAUCGAGAGCGGGAGCAGGGGCUCGAGGCAGAGGAGGGGCUGAUGUGGGCUGAGGAUUUCGUGCCUGCGGAGGAGUUGGUGCCUGAGGAGGAGCUGGAGGCCACAGAAGAGGCGCUGCCAGCUGACGAGGGGGUGACGGAAGAGGGAGAGCUGGUGUCUGAGGAGGCUGAGGCCUGGGAAGAGGUGGAGCCGGAGCUGGAUGAGGCAACGCGGAUGAGUGUGGUCACGUCAGCCCUGGAGGCCAGCGGCUUGGGCCCCUCGCACCUGGACAUGAAGUAUGUCCUCCAGCAACUGGCCAACUGGCAGGACGCCCAUUACAGGCAGCAGCUGAGGCAGAAGAUGCUCCAGAAAGGUGAGUGCUCCCGUGGGGGCCUCCCUCCGGCCAGCCGGACAAGCUGCAGGUCGUCAAGCCGAUGA